UUGAGUUUAGAGUAGUUGGCUAAUCCAAAUUGGAGCAUUACCAUUUACACAAUUCCCUGCUUCACGUUAUUUAUCUUCAAUCUUCAAACCUUCCUACUCCACUCUCUUCUUCCUUCUUUUCAAAUUCGACUUAAACUGACACAUAGGAGGAAGUUAUUCAAUCAAAUUCUGGCUUUCGUAUAACAUCGACCAUUAUAGCCAUUAGCCAUGUCUAAGAAAGGAGGAGUUGGGCUUCAAAAGGAUGCGCCUUGGAGGGCUUCUCAGGGAAAACCCAUCCCCAAAAUUCACCGUUCUCCUCUGCUUCGUGUUCCUCAGAACCCCUUUUCGGAUUAUGCUCUUUCUGUCAUGAGGGAUCCAAACCCAGUGGGAAAUGGGUUAGCGGUGGAUGCUGUGUUAGAAGCAGCAGGACCAGAUUGCAUUGUUCCUGGUCAGGUUACCCCUGUCAAAUUACUUGGUUUGAAGGUGUGGCCUAUAGAAGUUGACUUGAAGUUUAUGGAGCCUGUUGGACGGGAGCUCAAAAAUAUUGGAAAGUUCAUGGAUUCAGCCGUGGAUUUGAUGAACAAGUCCUUCAUUGACCGUUGAUAACUAUUCCAUUGUGAGAAGCUCAUCCUCAAAAUGGCUGUUUCGUGGUGCAUGCACAUUGCUAUUGCAUAUCUUACAAGGCUGCUGUUGUAUUUACAAAGGCAUUUUUUCAUACUGUUUUUUUAAGACAUUUUCCAUGGAAUUUUUUCAGCGUUCCAUGACAUAUUGACAUUGAUGUAACAUAUGCCUAUUAGGAGUUAGAAUGAUGGAAUGUUAAACAUAAUUAAUCCAGACAUUUUAAACAAACUGUAUACAAUUUCGACGUGUACUAAGAGUA